AGACCAACAAGACAUUGCAGUUCCAUUACUCACUCCACACUUCGGUCCUUGUCCAGGACUAUUAUGUGUAACUCAGUUCCACAAGAUCUAGUUAGUUCUUUCUAUAUCCAACUUUUUUUAAAUUUAUAUUUAUGCAUUUAUUACUUGCCUAAAUAAAUCACCUACCCCUUUCUUCCUCUUCACCGUAAAUUAAAUUUUUCUUUUUAUUAUUUUCAUUUCUAUUCUUCUAAUCUCAACACGUGUUCAGACACACUCCUAAGAAGUUUCACUUCUUUUUCUUCCAAUACACUCAGACAACAAAAAAAAAAAAAACCGCAGUUAGGGUUUUGUAAUAAUGGAUUACAACCGAGACGGCAACGUCGUUCAAAUCAUCACCUCCGGCGGCGGUGGAGGUGGUGCCGAUAGCUGGUCAACCGACCAAGCCGAUUGGGCAACGGAAGAUGAAUAUCGUUACUGGAACGGAAAUGAAGCCGGCGAAACCACGCCAUCUUCAAACUCGAAUUCCGAGAUACAACAACGGUCAGGAAGCGAGCCGCCGAGUAAGAAAUCAAGAAGCAAUUCACAAGAUGGCGGAUCGAAUCGAGCGAAAGCAAUCGGGAAAAUGUUCUUUAAGACGAAACUGUGUUGCAAGUUUCGUGUGGGGACUUGUCCUUAUAUAACAAACUGUAAUUUUGCUCAUAGUGUUGAGGAGCUUCGGCGGCCGCCGGCAAAUUGGCAGGAGAUUGUUGCUGCUCAUGAGGAAGAGAGAAAUGUGCUUGAGCAGCCGAGGGAAGAGUUUCAGAUUCCGACAGUUGGUUCGAGUACUUUUGUUGGGGAGAGUAUGAAUAAUAGGUCUUAUAAGGGUAGACAUUGUAAGAAAUUUUAUACUGAAGAAGGUUGUCCUUAUGGUGAUAGUUGCACUUUUCUUCAUGAUGAACAAUCAAAGAAUCGCGAAAGUGUUGCUAUAAGUUUAGGUCCUGGUGGUUAUGGUGGUGGUGGAGGUGGUAGUAUUGGUAGUGGUGGUGGUGGUGGUGGUGUUAGUAGUAGUGGCGUUGUUGUUGUUGCAGCUGGUGCAGCGGCCGCUGGAAAUGGACCUAAUUUGAAGCCUUCGAAUUGGAAAACUAGGAUUUGUAAUAAGUGGGAGAUGACAGGGUAUUGUCCCUUUGGCAACAAAUGUCAUUUUGCUCAUGGUGCUACAGAAUUACACAGAUAUGGAGGUGGGCUUAUGGAAGGAGAAAGCAGAGACACUGCUUCUGGUGUUGCGUCCGACACAAAACAGGGGGUUUUAUCAAAAAAUCAUGCUGAUAAUGUGGUUGCAUCAACUCCUGUUGCUCAAUCAGAUGUUUAUCAUAUUGGAGUCCCUUCACAGAGGCCUUCCAUUGUGAGCCAGAGGCCAGGACAGAGAGCUCAUCAGAAGUGGAAAGGUCCAGAUAAAAUCAGUAGGAUAUAUGGUGAUUGGAUCGAUGACUUCGAAUAGAGCUACAAUAACUUAUAUUCGCAAUCUCUGAAACUUUGAAAAUAGCUGAUGAUGAGGGCUUAUGUAAUCACCAUGUAGCUGAAUACACCAUGAUUUCCAUCCCCAUUUUGUUAUAUUAUCUAUUGUCUUAUGAUCCUUAGCUUCCAGCAGUUGUAGCACUUGCAUUUAUGUUUGGUAGAGGAUUCAUCCUUUUGAAGUUUUUCUUUCUGAGGUUUGAAUGUAACAACGGCUUCCUUGUAUGUGCAUCAGAUUGUGUCACAAUUGUUCUUUUGUUACCCCAUGUUGGAUCUAAUUUAAGAUUCUGGUUUCUAUUUUA